GCGUGAGCAAGUACAGUUGAAUCUUGACUGGUUUUUCCUCGAACGAACGAAGACUUCGAGUCAAGAGACAUCUUAGCGAGAAUUUAUGGCCUUCAAGAUUCUUCCCUUUUCACCCAAGUUACCUUUAAUUUUUCUCUAAGGUUGCCCUAAUAUCAGUUAACUAUAACUAACCUUUCAAUUUGGAUUUGGGAUUUUUCUCCUUCUCUUCUCAGAGUGAUUGAAUUUUUUAUUUCAUGGAUUUCCAGAAUAGAAGGCUACAUGUUUUGCUAUUCAUCGCAGGCAUCAUUGUUCUCAGCAUUACAGCUGAAAAAUGUCGACAGUUGGUUGGAGAAGAUGCUUCAUCUCAGAGUGGGCAGUUUACAUUCUUGAAUUGUUUCGACAUGAGUUCUGGAACAGUAGCAUGUACUGUAAAAGAGGGAGUGAAACUCUAUUUCUACAACAUCAGAUCUGCUCAUGUCGAGAGAGCAAGGCAUGCUGCAAUAGAAGUUGCAUUAGUUGAUUCAUUGUCACAGGGCAUGUCUGCUCAAGAUGCUGCCAAACGAGCACAACUAGAGGGUGCAAAAGCAGCAAAGCUAGCAACACGAAAAGCCAAGCGAAUUAUAGGCCCCAUCAUCUCUUCCGGGUGGGAUUUUUUCGAAGCUAUAUACUAUGGUGGUACAAUUACUGAAGGUUUUCUCAGAGGCACUGGCACUUUGUUUGGCACCUAUACCAUAGGAUUCGUUGGGGAACAAAGAUUUGGGAGAUUUGGUUACCUUGUGGGAAGUAUUUUAGGCAGUUGGGUUGGAGGUAGAAUAGGACUGAUGGCAUAUGAUGUUGUUAAUGGAGUACAUUUUCUACUUCAAACUGUUAAAGUCGAUGAAAUUUCUGAGGAGGGCUCCGUUGCUUAUGAAUCCAACAAAACACCCGAUUACGAAAAUUCUGAAGCUUCUGGUGACUCUUAUGCUUAUGAAGCUCCUUCUGAAUAUGCAAGUCCAGAAGUUUCAGAAGGGUCCAAUUUCUAUAACACUCAGGCUGAGGAGUCUUCAUUCUCUGAGGGUACUGAUGAAACAUAUAUAAACUCUGAACUUUAGGUGACAAUACUACGUAUUCAUAGGUUAAUUCUUUAUUUGACAUUUUAUGGAACUAUAGAUGCUUAUGUAAACUAGAUUCCUUACUCAAAACUUCUGAAUUUACUUUUGGAUACCUCUGUCAUACAAGUUAAUUUUUAAUUGCUUUUACCAAAUUCUUUUAGAACUCA